CGGAAGGCUUAACAAGUGAUUAAUUUUAAUUCGAAAAUGCGUAAGAUCGGUACAUUUUUCUAAUUUGAAUUAGUGAUUCGACUAAUCAAGUACAGUCAUGUUAUUUUUUAACCCCGAGUCAGUGAAAAGUGAUCGAGAAAUCGAUUGACAGGAGUAUAAUGUUAUUUGUACCAAGAUGAAAGAAAGAUUAUAAUAAACUUAGAGACAAUAUAUACAAUUCUAAUACGAUUAAGGCCGAAAUAUUUCAAGCGUUUUUUGAAAUUCACUUCAGUGAUGAUUUAUUAGCGUUCGGUGUAUUCGUAAUUAAUAUUUCGUUGCGAACUGUGAUCGUUCUAAAAACUUGUGCCGGUUAAUUAUCUGACUCGAGAGAAAGUCGACUGCUUUGCGUGUUCCAACCGGUUGAUUCUACAACAAGUAGCAAAACUUUCGAGCUGUUUUCGAAUUGUGCAUUAAUCAACGUUGAUUAAAAUUGUGCGUGUAAUAUAUAGGUGAAGAAGUUUGUCGAGAAUCUGUGUGAAUUUGUGUUCGUUAUCAAAUAUAUUCGAGGAAUGUUUAUAUAUAAUCUGCAAUUGUUGUUCAAUGUAUCUAAUAAUAAUUGAUAUCGAAUGAUGAUGAAGAUAUAUUCAAUAAAUCGACAAAAAAGAAUAAUAAAUGUAUCUAUAUGAAUGAUAGAUGCAUUUGCAUAUAUAUGAUUGACAGUGUAACAGUUCGAUAGAUGUCAUCGACAGAACUAGCUAUCAAAGUGUUUCGAUUUAUCGUGGCUCGGAUCGAUCCACGUAUCAGCGAGUCGAAUGUGAUUCUGUUGAUAUUUCAUGUAUCGUAGACCAAUGUAGCGCAAUGUUUGUCAGAUUGGUUAUCGUUAUUAUGGCAUUGUGCCUAUGGAAUGGAACCGGAAGCCAAUUCAGCGACAACACACCACCCGUGAUGUGGAUAGACCGAAAUCUGGUGCUUCUUGAUUCAGAGCCUGUAGGAAGCGUGGUGACUAGAGCCCGUGCCGAGGACAAUGAACAGGAUCAGCUAACCUAUGGCUUGGAACCUCUUGGGCACAAUUACAACGGAAACGAGAGCCCGCAACCCUCGCUUCCUUUCUUCAUCGACAAUAGCACGGGCAUUAUCUACGUUAAUGAAACGCUCAAAAAUAAAGGAGGGCAGAACCUGUUCCUUUAUGUAACCGUCUCCGACGGUCAACUCACGACAAAGACCGAGGUCUACGUCACCAUCAAGAACACUUCGGGUCCCAAUGGAGGACACACCAGGAGCCCGUUUCUGGGCCAGCACGGCUCUCCCGGCAGAAUCCGGCCGCCAAUGUUGGGCCUGUCCAGCCUGUCCAACUACAGGCCUUCGUUACCUCAUAAACCACCGCCAGUGCCCGUGCCGGCCAAUAUACCAAAAACGACGAAGCUGCAGCCGGAGGAGUCGAAGGAGGCCGAGGGUGAUCCAGAUCCAACCACCGCCACCGCCGGUGUCCCUCAACCGGCGACAGAGGAGAACGAGGUCGAGGGGCCACCUCUCAGCUCGAAAAUCUCACCUGCCGACGCAGCGCCUUCACAAGAUAUUGCUAUCACCCUGGUACCCGUCACGGCUGUCUGCGUGCUCGUCGUGGGACUGGGCAUGGGUGUGUGGUCAAUGAGGAACAAAUUCUGCGGGAACCGAAAGUCUAAGGAAGACACGAAAGAACAAGCUUCGGUUAGCGUCUCGAACAUAUCAGAUGAUCCAUCGCUUGUCUUGAAAAGAUGGCGAGGGCCAAAAGCGUACAACAAUCGAUACGAGCCAUGGGAAAAAGAGAAUCAAGGCGCUCAGAAUAAGCAAGAAGAUAAAUGGGAAUUUCCACGACAUCGAUUAAAGGUUUUCAAUAUUCUUGGUGAAGGUUGCUUUGGUCAAGUAUGGAAAUGCGAAGCUUUAGAUAUUGAUGGAAAAUCAGGAGCAACUAUAGUCGCUGUGAAGACAUUAAAAGAAAAUGCCACGGAAAGAGAACGACUAGAUCUCGCUCAGGAAUUACGAGUCAUGAAAAAUUUGGAUCCUCAUCCCAAUGUAGUCAGAUUAUUGGGCUGCUGUACAGAACGUGAACCUAUGUUCGUUAUUUUAGAAUAUGUAAGUGGUGGAAAACUUCAGAGUUUUCUGAGAGCAUCUAGAGAAGAAAGAAACCACGGUGGACCUGGACUGACGUCUAGGGAUUUAACUGGAUUUGUUUAUCAAAUUGCCAAAGGCAUGGAAUAUUUAGCUUCCAAAGGAAUUAUACAUAGAGAUCUAGCUGCACGGAACAUAUUGAUCGACGAGAAUCGUGCUUGUAAAGUUGCGGAUUUCGGAUUCGCUCGAGACGUGGCCGCUAAUCAAAUUUAUGAAAGGAAGUCCGAAGGUCGGCUACCUAUCAGAUGGAUGGCUCCUGAGAGUUUAUACGACAACAUCUUUUCUGUAAAAUCGGAUAUAUGGAGUUUUGGAGUAUUAAUAUGGGAAAUCGUGACGUUGGGUUCCACGCCUUAUCCCGGUUUAGCUGCAGCAGAGGUAAUGAGGAGGAUCAAAGAGGGCUAUAGAUUAGACAGGCCAGAACAUUGUAAAAGAGAACUUUAUAACAUUAUGUAUUAUUGCUGGGACAAAGAUCCAGCAUGUAGGCCAUCCUUUGGAGAACUCGUCAGCCUAACAGAAGGUCUUUUACUCGACGAAACCGAUUAUAUUGAAUUAGAUAGGUUCCCGGACCAUUCGUAUUACAACGUAUUAAAUCUCAGCGGAGAGAAAUUGUAAAUGAUUGUAUCUAAAAUAUAAUAUUAAUAUCAUUGACUGAUUUAUAUGAAUUUUUGAUAAUUAGGCUUAAUAUGAUUUUGGAGCACUGAUAUACGAUGAUUAUGCAAUAAUUUCUUUGUUUUUCAAUUUGUAAAUAUGCAGAAUAAUUUAUAUUAAAAUAUUAUAGUUUAUAAAUAUUUUAAUAAAAUAGAGUUAUGCGUCAUAUCAAUUAUUCAAUCAGUGUUUUGAAAAUCUUAAAACUUAAAUGUUUUAGAAAUCUGUUUACCUGUUUAUUGAGAUUAAGUUCAUCGACGAUUUACCUGAAUUACGUUAAUUUGUAUAUAUUAAUAAAUAAAUGUGUGGAAUAAUAAAUAAUUUCACACAUUGAACGAGUUGUAAGUAUUCUGAAGAGAUAAAGGCGUCAUGAACUAGUCAGAGUUCAAAUAAAUUUUUUUGAUUGUACGUAUAUUAAUUAACAUGCGAAAAAAAAAUAUGUUGAAGAGAUAAUUAUUCUGAUAAAAA